AAGUGUUACCACGACGCCAUUACUAUCGUAAUACAAAAGUCAUCAAAUCCCACCCUGUUCAACAAAGAUGGAAUAAUAAUCAUACACGUUUACGGCUGCAGCAUCUUGACCAAACAAACCAUGUUCCUACGAAAACAUAGUGUAAGAAUUUAAGAAAUACGAAUCCCCAGUGGCUCCAACCUCCAUCUAUAUAUGCCAACAAUUAAACAUAACAUAAACACCGCGUAGUACCAAGAUAACAAUAGAAUAUGCUUCCGAAAAGAAUAAUCCUGAUGCGGCACGGCGAGUCACAAGGGAACCUUGACACGUCAGCAUACACAACAACCCCUGACCACGCCAUCCAGCUGACUCCGCAAGGGAUCCAGCAGGCCCGGCGCGCCGGGUGCGAUCUCCGGCGGCUGAUGUCCGGCGAGGAAUGCUCGCCGGAGUGGCGCGCGUACUUCUACGUGUCGCCAUACGCGCGUACAAGGUCGACGCUGAGGGAGGUUGGGAGGAGGUUAAGCCGGAAGAGAGUGAUAGGGGUGAGGGAGGAGUCUCGGAUUAGAGAGCAGGAUUUCGGGAACUUUCAGAUUGAAGACAGGAUGAAGGCUGUGAAGGAGACGCGUGAGAGGUUUGGAAGGUUCUUUUAUCGCUUUCCCGAGGGAGAAUCUGCCGCCGAUGUAUUCGAUCGCAUCUCAAGUUUCUUUGAAUCUCUCUGGAGGGACCUUGACAUGAAUAGGCUUCGUCAUGAUCCUUGCAAUGAUUUGAAUCUUGUGAUUGUGUCUCAUGGGCUGACAUCACGUAUUUUCCUAAUGAAGUGGUUCAAGUGGACAGUUGAACAGUUUGAGCACCUAAACAAUUUUGGCAACUGCGAGUUCCGGGUCAUGCAGCUAGGAACUGGCGGGGAAUACAGCUUAGCAGUUCAUCAUACAGAACAAGAAAUGCUGGAAUGGGGCCUCUCCCCUGAGAUGAUAGCCGACCAAAAAUGGCGCGCCACCGCAUGCAGGGGUGACUGGAAUGAUCAGUGUCCGUGGUACCUUGAUGCUUUUUUUGAUCAUCUUCCUGACUCUGACGAUGAGAUUGCCGAAAAGGAAGAUGAAACAAAUACAUGAAGCAUAUGUCCAUAACGCGCCAGCUAAUUGGGGUUAAAGAUUCAUUUUCAACAUUCUAAUUGAUACUAGGUUGGUCUUCUUUUUCUUUUUAAGUGAUAAAAGAAAUUGUAUUAGAAAGGAAAACCUUAAAAAGGAGAAAAAUUAACAAAAGUCGGAUAAGAUAAUAGGGUAUUGGUUUCUGGUUUCCAGUUCUAAUUGAUUAAUUCAUUUCCAUAAAA